UUUAUAUUAUACACCCAACCAGUCAACCCCACAUCUCCAUCGCACUGUGAACAAUCACAAAUAUCAUACUAAUCGCAAUACUCGCAAUCCCCACAUUUCCUUCUGAAGCCACUGUCCGAAAACUGAAGCUGUUGUGGUCAAAUUGGCCAGGGGUUUCAAGGGAUCAUCGAUUUUGCCGAACCCCAUCCAAAUCUGAGUCUUCCGUUUCGAUUUUCUGACAAACUUCUGGUAUCAGCUUCUGUGUUCCACUCUUGAGAUGGAAAAAGACGGUACUAGCCCUCUUUCAGCUGUCCCACCUAAGGCAAGUGGAGAAGGACUACCAUAUGCUCCUGUGGAUUGGCCGAGUCCUGGUGAUGUCUGGACCUGGAAAGUUGGGAAUAAAAUCAGCUCGUCUGGCUUGUUCAUGCAUAGGUUCUUGAUUGUUCCCAAGCGGCUUCAGAAAAACUCGUCUCGGAAAAUAUGGCUCGGCAGCAAGAAAGCUGUUAUUCAUUUUCUUCAAUCUGAAUUUCCUGAGGCGGAUGUCGAUAAAUUUUUCGAAUUGUUCACUUGGGAAAUCCCUGCUGAAGUACAAACCGCAAGAAAAGAUAAAAGAAAACCUUCAAGAAAAAGACCUUCAAUGACAGACACACCUCCAAAAGAAGUCGAAACCGGAAGUCGAAUCUCGAAACGAACACGCAAAAAAUCUGCCAAAACCUCCAUCCAAUUUCCACCCACUGUCGACAACAACACACCCUCCUCAACAGACGUGCCUUUGCUCGAUUACACCCCCCAUGACUUAUCAACAGACAACUUAAUUUCAAAUAUUCCCGAUAAUAACCCCGAAAUCUCCACCAGCCCAGCGAAAGAAGCCCCUGUCCAGCCCGAACUCAACCUCUUGCCUCACGACUCUCGAUCCUUAGCCGACUAUCUAGCCGAGAUGACUCAGGAAGAUUUUGAAUUCUAUCUAAAUUCCCUCGACGACACUUUAUCCGAUUCGGGCCCUAAAGGCCUGAACCCAUCCUCAUCCGGCCCGCAAACCGAUGACGACUUCACCAAAGCCCGGAAACACCUCUCUUCCCUCCUGGCCAUGGGCUUCUCGAGCCUAGUCAGCUCGGACAAUCUUCCCGAAAUUACGAAUUUGACCCUCAAACUCCAGCUUGAUCCGAAUUUAACCCCUGAGGAACUCUCGAUGCUGAAUCUCGUGCGUGAAAUCCCGUUGGCCGGUAAAGACUUUCUGGAAGCCCGUCGAGUGGCCGAGCAAGCGAGUAACUUUUUUUCCGAGCUGGGGGCCAAGAGAUCGCGCAUCAAAGAGCGUAAGAACGAGUUCAUACAGUCCAAGGGUAAAAUCGUCCUUUUGCAGGCGGAGGUGGACUCGGCCUCGGCUGUUAUUCGUGAGAUAGACGAGCAGAUUGCUGUGCUGCAGUCUCGACGUGCGGUGCUGACUGCUGUUAUUAAGACGAACGAGAAGAGGAUUGCGGACCUUGUGUGUAAGCAGAAAGGGGCGCUUGAUUGUGUGCCGAGGAUCGUGAAUGAUGUACAGGUGGCGAAUUCAGAGAGGUCCGUGUGGGAGUCGAAGAGGAAAGAGUCGGCUAGGAAGGAGAAGGAGAUUUUGGCGAAAUUUGGGCCGGUUGGUGGGUUCUCGUUCGUUCGUUGAUCGGAUGAGGUAGUUAUGAGGUGGCGUUUGGGACGUUGAUUUUCUUGGAAGGAAUAAAAUAAAAAAAUGUACUCUGUUUGGACACAGCAGAUUUGGCGGUAACUGGAUGGGUAUGUUUCGAAAGGUACAUUUGGUUGGGUCUUUUUGGUUGGCCGUUUUGCAGUAGCUUUUGCAUGAGUUUCGCAGAAGUUUGAGGUGUAUGAUUUAUGUAUGAGAUUAAGAAAGACGACCUAAUUGUGGUGUGAUUAAGAUUUGUAGAUGCUUUUAUCCUUGGAGGUAGAUGUUGAGAUUUUCUGUGCUAUCGUGGACAAAUUCAUGUUUAUUUGGGCCGACUGUUAUGAAUCUCGGUAAGUGUCCAGCUAUUGUAUUGACAUGUUAUGGCGGAUCUUAUUUGCAGUGGUUGUGAAGCUCAUGCAUUCAUAGGCAAGGACGGAUCCAGAAAUUAAGAGUAAACUGGGCUAAAAUUUUAAAAACUCACUAUCAUAAAAACCACAUAAUAUUUUUUUCUUCAAAUAUUUACUGAUGUUGUGCUCGAGGAGCUUUUACAGAAUAAAAUUCGUCAAUAAUAUAAUUUAUACUAUACUAUUAGUAAACUCCCGUUCGAUGAAGAGUAUCAAAACAAUAUUCGAGAAAACCAUUUCGAAUCUUAAUACGAAGUGUUGGCUUUUAUAAUUUAUGUUUACUCUAUAUUUUUCAAUUGUUUCAUAUUUUUAAGAUUAAGAAAAAACAAAUAGAGAUAAAUGAUCACAUCAAUUACUAUUAAAACUCUAA